ACGUGGGUUGAGGUGCCUCCUCUUUCGUCUGAUUCAUUUUGUUUCUUUGGUUACGUUAAUCGAUCAUUAUAAGCCGGUUCUAUCGACGAGUGAAACGAAAGAACGGGACGUUGAGAAAAAUGCUUACAAUGUGGUGGUGGUGGCGGUGAUGAUUGUGACAAGUGUGGAGACAUUCUACUAACCCCUAACUGGUUCUGGUGAAUUGGGAAAAGACCGUACCUAAUUAGAGACGGGGUUUCAAAAGUGAUUAGUUUUCAGAGUUAUGCAGCCGUUGUUACUAUUAGUACUGGCUCUAGCAGCCAGUAUUCACGCAAGAGAUGACUGGUCUUGGGGUCCAAAUGACAGCAAGGAAUCCUCGUCCUCGGCUGGCCCUUCUGGAAGAUCCAUUACUUUCCCAAAUGCAAAGCCUGAUCAACCAUCGACUUCUGUCCAAGUAGAACCUGUGCGGCACUCUCUUCAAAGGUCCCCUGCCACUGAGACGGUGAGAGUGCCCCGACUAGUAGUACAAGGACCGUCUUCUUCAAGCCAGUCUUUUUCUGGUGCCUCUGGUGAUUCGUUCUCCCAAAGUCCAACAUUCUCUCAAAGUCCAACAUUCUCUCAAAGUCCAACAUUCUCUCAAAGUCCAACAUUUUCUCAAGGUCAAACAUUCUCUCAAGGCCAAACAUUUUCCCAAGGACAAACAUUUUCUCCUACUACAAAUCAAGCAUUCGUGCCUGCUAUAAGCGAGACGUUCCCUCCUGCUGAAGUUCAUACAUUCCCACCUGCUCCAGCACCGCAGCCUAUCGCAGCUACUCACACACUCCCGACAGUGCAGGCUGUUGUAGGCUCAGUAGAACCUCAUCCUGUGGGAAACCAGCUGAAAGGCGACAGUAGGAUCGACAAGCCUCGCGGAGAUGGACAAGCAGAACCCCGUUUCAUUAAAGAGAAAUUAUGUGAAUAUGGUAUUGGGUUUGAUUGCAAGAAAGGCUAUGAUAAAGGUCAUCAUCAUCACAGUGGCAUCAGUGCAUAUGAUGUGUCAUAUGUUCAGCCUGUUCAAGUGGUGCCUGUCGGUGGUCCAAUUGCAGCUGUACCUAUCGAUAAAGGUCAUAAAAAGGGCUUCCAUGAUAAAGGCCACUAUAGUCCACCCGCCUACUAUCCGCCUGCACCUGUCUACCAUCCCCCUGCAACAGGAUAUGGAGCCCCAGUUGCCCCACCCCCAUCAUACGGAGCACCUGUCUAUCAACCUCCAGCAUCUUCUUAUGCCGCACCACACUCAUACAGCCCUCCCAAAUCUACUUAUGGAGGAGGACAAAUACAACAUGUUCAUACCCACCAUCAUUCUUAUGAUGGUUACGGCUCUGGUGGUGGUGGAUACAGCUCUGGUGGUGGUGGUUUUGCCUUCGGCAAAGACAACAGCCAUAGCUCGACUUCCACUUCUAGCCAUUUUAGCAAUUUUGGUAAUUCCGUCAAAAAAGUGGGAAAUGCAUUACCAGCGAUUCCUCCGCGUGAAAAUUUCUUAACUGAAAAGAAUAGCCUUCCUGCCUAUCUCGAAGACUGUCAGUGUGUAGAACGAAGAUACUGUUCUUCUUUUGACGUCGUUGGAAGAUCUAAUGAUCUGUUCCCACUUCUUGAUGCAAGAAGCAAGAAGACCGAUGUUCUGUCAACUGCUCCCGAUGAGAAUGGCACUGCUUCAACCUCUAGCAAGGAUGACCUCUCAUUUUCAGCCUCUGAAAUCAAAUCUACUCACGAAGACCCCAAAGAGGCAGGCAGAAGUAAGAGAGAUACUACCUUCUCAUUUGGUAGUAAUACUAAUGUACAGCCGGUUGUGCAGCCCACAAGCAGACAAGGACGCCAAUUCCGCUUCAGUGGAUACUCCCCAGGAGUAAGUGGCUGUGCAUCCAACCAUGUAUGCUGCCGAUCGCCUGUCUUCAGAUCUGAACGAGCUAUCAGUACUUGUGGACGGCGAAGCUCGGUCGGUCUCUUAGGGCGUGUGAAGAACACCCGCUUUGAAUCAGGUGACACCGAGUUUGGAGAAUACCCAUGGCAGGCAGCCAUCCUACGAAAGGAAGCCGGUGAUAAUGUCUAUGUAUGUGGUGCUGUGCUCAUUGACACUCGUCACCUCCUCACUGCAGCUCAUUGUAUCAACGGCCUAACCCCAUCAGAACUGAAAGUGAGACUGGGUGAAUGGGACGUCUCCAGUGAAACAGAGUUUUAUCGUUACAUAGAAACUCCAGUUUCAGGAGUUUACUCUCAUCCUGAAUUCUACAGCGGUAACCUAAACAAUGACAUUGCUGUUCUCAGAAUGUUCAGCCCUGUCGAUCUGGCUACGAACCCACAUGUCUCUCCUGUUUGUUUGCCUCAUCGAACUGCUGAUUUCACUGGCCAGCGGUGCCAUGCCACUGGCUGGGGCAAAAAUGCCUUUGGAGAUACUGGCGAUUUCCAGCACCUCCUAAAGGAAGUAGACGUUCCUAUGGUCAGUCACUCGAGGUGUGAAUCAGCCCUCAGGCAAACAAGGCUGGGUUCAAAUUUCAUUCUUCAUGAUGGCAUGACGUGCGCCGGUGGCGAAGAGGGCAAGGAUGCCUGUGAGGGUGAUGGUGGCAGUCCCUUGGUAUGUCGUGGCACAGAUGGAUCCAUGAUGCUAGCUGGUCUAGUGUCUUGGGGGGUUGGUUGUGGAAGAAGAGGAGUCCCUGGUGUUUACACUAAUAUUCCCUACUACCUCACUUGGAUCGAUUCCAUCACUAGAUCCUAAGAGUAUCCAGAGGUUUCCAUGAUUCCAGGACUUCGAAAUUCCCGUUAUUGAACCAUUAACCAACGAAGUUCUUAACAGCAGUAUUCUGGGUUUUUAGAAGUUUGAAUAUGCUUAGAAGAGUAUGUUUCUAGCAUCAAAAAUAUUCCUGUGAUUUAAAUUAUUUUGAUGUUGGUGACAUUAAGUGCUGUGGAUAUAAAAAUUAUCUUACGUUUAAGUUAUGUUAGUCAAGGAUUUGUAAGAAAGGGGCAAUUUUCAUGUUCACAGCCAAUUUUAUAUUAUUUUUUUAUUUCUUGAACUAUCGUACGUAGGACUAAUUUUUUACUUCGGUCUGUCCGAAGUCAUAUUUGCUAUGGCUUUAACACAACGUUAAAUCUGCAUCAUUGAUGCUCUUACUGCACAUUUUAUAUCUUGCUAGAUAUUAGCAUUAGUUAAUUUACGUAGCUGAGUCUUUAUAAAGAAUGAUUAAGUAAUGCAUUAUGCAUUCAGUUAAGUCCGCAUGCGACUUGGUUCAUAGUUUGCAAAUUGUUAAGUUGUUGAUUUUGUUGGGAAACUUUUUGAAAUUACUAGUCAUUCGUUUAAACAGUUAAAAGAAACAAUCCAAUACUUCGCUUAUCAGUUUUAUAAUUAAGCUUUGUUCAGUGUUAAAGAUUCGAGAAAAAUAUACAAAAUCAGCCAAUCCCUUCACAAAUUAAACGGGUUGAGUUCUUUUCCAAUUCGCCCUGAGGUCAUUUGCAAAAAUUGGAGUUGAUAACUCUGACAUAGUCCACGUCAUUUCAUUAAACUUAACCAUAUUUCAUAUUGUUCAUGUUUUUGCUCAUAUCAUUCACAUUUCACGCACUAUCAUUACAUUUCCAGUGUAUUUUAAUUACGGUAUAUUUACUAUUUUAUUUACAGCUAUUGUAUAACAUAACACGAACUCUAAGCUAACCAUUAUACCUGAAUAACUAUAAUAACACAAAAAUGGCCAAAGGACUUGAAUAAUGUUUUUUUCGUGCGCUGAAUGUAUGUAGCGACAGUAAUUAGAUUAUAUUGUUUAUAUGUUGUUCUUCAGCUUCACACACGUGUGCUGGAGAGAUUCGUAUACAUAUUGUAAUGUUCCCCUGUUAAAUUACCUCUUUGUAACAUAAGGGAUUAAAAGAAACUUUUUUUAUA